CACCAAACACCCCUCAUAUCUUCAUCCAUCUUCAACCUUCAAGCACAUAAACACUAGCAUUCAUAACCCCUUCAAAGAUGAUUUAAGAUGGUUCAAGCCUUGGAAGCAUACUAGGGAACUUAUACUUGUUCUUGGAAGCUUCAACCUCUUCUAGUUUUCUUUAUCAUCUUCAUUUUGAUCUUCCCUAGCCUAAGUGCUAGUUAUAAUGUCAAAGUGGCUUAAGUUGUGUGGGAUUUGCAACAAGCGCAAAAGCAAUGCAAAGUUGAUUAAACUGGGGUCAAGGAUUUCUAUUCCACGUGAGCAAGAUUUUAGGCAACAUGGAGCACUACCAGAAGUGCAAGAUCAGGGACAUAUACCUACUUGCUGGGCAUUCGGGCCUUUGGCUGCUAUUGAGGCAGCUUACCAACUAAUUACAGGGAAGCUACUAAAAUUUUCAGAACAAGAAAUCGUGAACCACUAUUGGUCAGCAGCGAGCAAACGUGAGAAACGCUUAAUGAGAAACAUAGGAUAUUAUUCUGAGCUAACGUUUGAGUAUCUUAUAAGUAAAGGAAAAAUUUCACUGGCUGCCGAUUACCCGUAUAAAACAGCGUUUGGGAAAUGCAAGAGGCUAGAUGCUAGAAAACUUGUGGAUCCUCUAGUACGAGGGUACAUUCAAGUUCCGAAUGAUGAAGUUGCACUUCAGAUUGCAGUGGCCACUCAACCGGUCACCGUUGCGCUUGAAAUUGAUGAGGUGUACAACAAUUACAAUCCAGAGGUAUAUUCUUACAUUAGUUAGUUGUAUUUAUCUAU